CCAACAUCAUUAAAAUAGCAGUGAGAAAUACAGAAAGAGCUGCUCAUAAAUUGUGCAGUGUUAAUUAGUUAAAAUAUAAAAAAAAAGGUGAAAGGAUUUUGCAUAAAAAAAAUUCCUACCCCUACAAUACAUGUAUAUAUAAACAAUCCUGAAAAGGGAAGAAACCAUGUCCAUAAGAAGUUGUAUGCAGGUAUGCUGCUCACCAAAUACUGUAUCUAAGUUUAUUAGAUUCUUUCCAAAGUUUGCUGCUUUGUUCCUUGUUUUACAUGUUAUCCUUCUCAUCCUAACCAGUUUGAAUAAAACACACAAAGAUAAGAAGGAAAAUGGAAAAGAAAACAUAAAUCUACCUAAGGAUUCAAUUGAUGCUAUGCAAAAAGAUGACAUACUAGCUUCCAAAAAUAUAUUAGGAGAUGAUGUGCUUCUUAAAAGAGAAAUAAAAGAUCCAAGAUUACGAAAGAAAAAGAAAAGAAUAAAGAGACAAGAAAAUGGUUUCCAGUAAUACGUACAUGUGAUAUUCUAAUUUUUGACGGGAGCUUUAAACUAUUUUAUUGUUUAAAAUAACAUCUUUAAAAAAACAUUGAAUUUUUUACUGCUAUUUUUCUUGUGAAAUCAAAAGCAUGUAUUAUGACAUAAAUUACUAUUGUUUGUUUAUUGAAAGUUUACAUUGCAGGAACCAAAUGAAAGUAGUCUUACACAAUCAAAUAUUUUACAAUGGCAUUAUUUAUAAGCAUUCAAGUUGAAGAAUGAUCUCAAAUGUUGAUUUUUUUUUUUGCUUAAGUACUUAUUGCAAAAGCUUUUGAUUAUACUGGUGUUGUUAAAUCAUUGUGUAUGUGUGAAUACUCUGUAUUUGUUAAUGUAUAGUUUUUAAUGCAAGAAUCAAAUUUUUAUUGCAAUUACUCCUUGAUACAACAUUUACCGGUGUAAAUCAUUUUGUUUUACUUAUAUUAGUGUUAAUAUUGUGUUAUCUUUAUGUUCAGUUGCCUUGUUAUACCUGAUUUUUAUUGUACAAUCAUUUAUACAUCUUUUGUUAUUCCGCAGAUUGUGAUUCAAAGGGUAAAAAUUAAACUAGUAGAACUUAACACAUGUUUAUGUUCCAAUAACCAAAAGUUUCUUAUUAGUUGUGUAUUACUGUCAUAUCAUAGUUUUGAUAUUUACUGUUAAAUUUAUUAUUGUCUGAACCAGGGGUAACUUAAAGUUUGACAUAUUUUAUGCACACUUGUCCAUUUUUUUCAGACUAUAUUUUGGUCUCAAGAAUCUUUAGUUGUUGUGUUUUGUGUUUCUGGAAAGUGGUUUUCUCAUUAUUAUAUACUCCACAUAGCCUUUUAUUUUCCUUGUCUCAUCCAGUUUAAGAUUUUAUGGCAAGCAUAUGUAAAUUAAGCAAUGUUAGCCAAUAAAUCAGUAAGUAUUUCAUAUAAAGCAAACCUCAUAUUCUGACAGUCUGCAUCUAACUGUUCUGUCAGAGUGCAAUGAUAAAUUUAUUCAAUGUGUGGAAAAAGAAUUGUUUUUAAAGAAUUGCUAAGUGUAAUACAUAGAGCUGCUAUUGGCCUAUUUGAUAAGCUAAUAAUAAGCUAUUUAUUCAAUGGUCAAUAAGACAGAAAAUAAAUAACAUUUUGAUGUGACAAAUGUAUUUUGUUUGUAUAAUUUACAUUUCUUUUGUAUUGUUUUUUUACUAAUCAGUAAAUCAAAUGCUAACAUAGAUUUAAUGUUUCGCCAGUUAUAUUUAAAUGGAUCAAUUAUUACAUUGUUUGUUCUCAAAUGUCUUUAAUAAGACAUUAGUUAAUAAAUGUUAAGUGAACAGAAAUAUGUGUUAGUUAUAAAAUUAGCAAUGAAGAUAGUGUAUCAGU